CACUAGUACAGUGUUUGCUUCGGGACGGUCGAUUGGGUGCCGGGUUUCGCCAUGGACAUGGAGGAUGGGAGCGGCAGCUCGUCGUCUCCAGCCAUCCUACGGAACAAGUACUGGAUCCUCCGCCACGGCCGCAGCGUCCCCAACGAGCGCGGCCUCAUCGUCUCAUCUCUGGAGAACGGCACGAAGCCGGAGUUCGGGUUGGCCCCGCAGGGUGUCGAGCAGGCCCGCGCGGCCGGCGAACAGUUCCGGAAGGAGCUUGAGGAGAUUGGUGUGCCGGUGGAUUCUGUCAAGAUUCGUUACUCACCGUUCACACGGACCACCGAGACGGCUAGAGUGGUCGCCGGUGUGCUUGGCAUCCCCUUUGAGGGUCCUAGCUGCGAAGCGGUGCUGGGACUCCGUGAGCGCUACUUUGGGCCAUCAUAUGAGUUACUUUCACAUGAUAAGUAUGCAGACAUAUGGUCAGUAGAUGAAGCGCAUCCCUAUUCGGCUCCUGAAGGUGGUGAGAGUGUUGCAGAUGUUGCUAGUAGAUUUUCAGCUGUGUUGUCAUCUAUGGAGACAGAGUUUAAUGGCUCUGCAAUUCUUAUUGUCAGCCAUGGUGAUCCACUACAAAUCUUUCAAGCUGUCCUCAGUGGAGCCAAGGAGAACUUGUCUUUCCUCGACAAUCUGACCAACCUGAAAGCGAAAGACACGGUGGUGGCAUCCAUUCUGUCACCGCACCGUAAGUUUGCGCUCAACACAGGAGAGCUGCGCCAAGUUGUGUAACUUGCUGCUGCUUGGAUUUCACGUUGCUAGUCAAUUGAUGAUAUGUAAACCUGCAAUUUUUGCCUAGCACAUUCCUCUGUAACUUGACAGGGAUCUAAAAUAAUUGGUCUACUAGAAUGUCAUAUCUGUUUAAAUAUCUAAUAGACGCACAUUCAUUCAUAUUGAGCAA